AUGAGAUUAGCAGCGACGCUGAGCGUGGCGUUCCUUCUUGUGCCACUAUUCGGACUGGUGGCGGCGGAUGGCAAGGACGUGAUCAUCGUCAGAUCAUCCAAGCAUAUACCCGCCCACCACCACAACCACCCAGCUCUCCACACCAUAGUGCGGCCGGCAUAUCACCACCCGGCUCCGUCGCACCACCACGCCAGGCCAUUACCGGUGCAUCACCAGCACCCCGAGAACGGAGGAGGCUUGGAGUGGGGCCACGGGGAUCUGAAGCAGGAUGGCUACGGCGACAAGCAACUGAUCAAGGAGCGGGUGAUAAUCAAGGAAGAGAAAGUGCACAAUGACCCCGUGCAUGUGCUGGUCAAGGAGCCUCCGCCGAAGGUGAAGCAUGUCAUUGUAAGAGAGCACCAUCAAAACCACCACGACUGUGGACACAAAUGGCUGAAGAAGUUACAAAAGAGCCUCAAGAAAUCCCAAAAGCAAUAUUCCAAGCACCACCACAAGAAGUCGCCGAUCGUGUUCUUUCACACGCAAACGCCCUAUUACUACUACACGCAGCCACCACGACGCUAUUACAACAACUAUUACAAUGGCCAUGGACAUGAGUACGACAGAUACUGA